AUGGGCUUCUUAGUUGGCGUCAAUGGUACAUUGGAUGAAGUCGCGCAUAGGCCGCGACAGGGUAGUCGGAGUCUUCCUUUUAUGACUGACCUUUUGGGCAACAGUUUGAAUGACCGCCUUCUCUUCGCGGUUCCAAAGAAGGGCCGCCUCCACCAAGCCUGUCUCGAUCUCCUCCACGGCUCAGACAUCCAAUUCCACCGCCACUCGCGCCUCGAUAUUGCGCUCGUCAAGAACCUCCCGCUAGCGCUCGUCUUCCUCCCUGCCGCUGAUAUCCCCACCUUCGUCGGUGAAGGCCGUGUAGACCUAGGCAUAACUGGCCGCGACCAAGUCGCAGAGCACGAAUGUGUCACCCCACCCACCGCCACGACCGGCGUCGACGAAGUGCUAGACCUUGGUUUCGGAAAGUGCAGUCUCCAAGUUCAGGUCCCCGCCAAAGGCGACCUGACCAAGCCUGAAGACCUUAUUGGAAAGAACGUCGUUACGAGCUUCACCAACCUCGCAGAGCAGUACUUUAGAAAACUGGAAGCGGAGCAGGCCGGUACCACAAACGGCGAGACUAACGGAGAUGCAAAGCUAAAGACGGUCAUCAAGUAUGUUGGCGGCAGUGUCGAGGCAGCAUGCGCAUUGGGCGUCGCCGACGGUAUUGUCGAUCUAGUAGAAUCAGGCGAGACCAUGCGUGCUGCGGGUCUCAAAGCCAUAUCUACAGUCGUUACCUCGAGCGCCAUCCUCAUCAAGUCGAAACACCCCUCAGACCCUAAGCUCGUGGACCUCAUCACGGCUAGGAUAAAGGGUGUUAUUACGGCGCAAAAAUAUGUGCUUUGCACAUACAAUGUUCCCAGGUCAAAACUCGAUGCUGCCCGCACAAUCACCCCGGGCCGUCGCGCCCCAACGGUAAAUGCGCUUGAGGAAGAUGGAUGGGUGGCGGUUCAGGCUAUGGUGCUGCGCAAAGACAUUGCCAUUGCCAUGGAUAAGCUGACCGAGGUCGGAGCAACCGACUUGAUUGUGACAAAGAUUGAGAACUCGAGAACGGGAGAUUGA